AUGCUUUUGGCUCUCCCGAAAACCAAUACAGUAUCUCGCAACAUAAUCCCAACGCUCCUAAAUAUCCGCAAUAUCACGAUCACGUGGCUUCGAUAUUGUCCAAUCAUGUCCUCGACACAAUCUUCACGAGAAGGAAGUUUCGAAAGAGAACUCCGCAGCACACCUUCGACUCCUGGAAAAGACAGUCAAAGCUCUUCACCACUCGCCCAAACCUCCGGUGGACUUCCGGAUAUUUUGAGGUCACGGGUUUUGGCCAGUCCAAAAGAGUCCGAUGCAGAAUGCUGGGAAAGGAUGUUGACAUUGCAGAAGGAGUAUCAUUGCUACCAAUCUGCAAGAUUGGAAGCUGCUGUAGAGGCUUUGGAAAACGGUUGGCUUCCUGAGGAUGUUCCUAGACCAUCUCGACUUUGCUUAGAUCUUAUUAACGAUGGUUUGAAGGCUCAGAUUCAAACAUUUGAUACCUUUCAAGGAGACUUGGUACAAUAA